CGGAUACCUUAUUACUCUCCAUGACCUGCGGUCAACUAUAUAGCAUAAAGGACUAUUACACCGUCUUUCUUGAACAAUCCGAAGUGUUGCCAAACGUUUGAUUUAUGUCUACUCAAAAAGUGUGCCAGACUUGCAAACAGAAAAUAGGAGUAGCCAGCAGGAAAUGCAGGCAAUGUGGUGCCAACCAACCCUACAAGGAGAAACUAUUAAAGCAAAAGGAAAAGGUUGCACAGGAGUGGAAGGCCACGCAGCAAAAAAACCACAGUGUCAACAAAGUUUAUGACUCAACAAAUCUACUGCUCCACAAAUGGAAACUUCUUGAGCGGCAUCCCAUCCUCCUUCUUGCCAAGAGAGGCACAAAUGGUUUUGCGGCCGAUUGCCUCUGUCCAUGGCAAAUCGAGACAGAAGAUGGUAACAAUGCACUUGUUACCAUAAAGAAGAUUUACGAAAACCUUCUUAAUGGGACUUUGGCAGUUGAACCAGCAACAAGAGUGGGGGAGAUUCCACCACUAGAAAUGGAGGAUCCUUCAGCCACACAGGCAGAAAUGGCCGCAGACCCAGGAUCAGAUUCCUUGUCUGUACCUCUCCUUACCACAGAGACUGACACUGUGUUCACUCCCAUCCUCACUCCUGUGUCCUCCGGCCUGACUCCUCCUGUGUCCUCCGGUCAAUCUCCUCCUGUGUCCUCCGGCCUGACUCCAGCUCUGUCCUUCGGCUUGACUCCUCCUGUGUCCUCCGGCCUGACUCCAGCUCUGUCCUUCGGCCAAUCUCCUCGUGUGUCCUCCGGCCUGACUCCAGCUCUGUCCUUCGGCUUGACUCCUCCUGUGUCCUUCGGCCUGACUCCAGCUCUGUCCUUCGGCCUGACUCCUCCUGUGUCCUUUGGCCUGACUCCUCCUGUGUCCUUCGGCCUGACUCCUCCUGUGUCCUCCGGCAAAUCUCCUCCUGUGUCCUCCGGCCUGACUCCAGCUCUGUCCUUCGGCUUGACUCCUCCUGUGUCCUCCGGCCAAUCUCCUCGUGUGUCCUCCAGCCUAACUCCAGCUCUGUCCUUCGGCCUGACUCCUCCUGUGUCCUCCGGCCUGACUCCUACUGUGUCCUCAGUGUCUUCCUCACAGAAAAGAAGACCAACAAGGAAUAAAGUGGCAAUUAAUGGGCCAUACCGAGGUGUUGGUGAUGUGGCAACCUUACUCUGGAUGGUAUGUAUCUAAUCUGAAGUUUCCUUC